AAGAAAAAGAUCGAAAAUAAUAAAAACUUUAAAAAAUCGAUUUCAAUCUAUUCAUGUUCAGCAUCUAUAUUAAUGAAUAAUAAAUCCGUAAUGUUUCCUUCCUCUGAGCAAUUACUUCAUUUAAAUUUUCACCAUUGAAGGAACAAGUAAAUUUUAAAACCCAUGAAAUGCCAAGAAUUCUAGAAGCAAUUUUCACAUUCUUCAUGUUAAUUGGGGGUCUAAAUGCCGUUGGAAUUUUGGUACAGAAUAAAAUCUUGGACGUUCCGGUUAUGGCAACCUAUAAAAUUAUUGGUUUGAAAGGUUGUGCCAAACAAUGCACAAAACGCAGUGGUCGGUGUCUUGCAUUCACUUAUCAGAAGCAGCACCUGCUCUGUAAUCUUUUGGAUACCACCUCUGCUGUAGCUCCGGACAAAUUGAAGGCAAAAGAAGGAUUUAUUUACAGUGAAAUAAACACUUGGGCGGAAGAUCUUGGAAAAUGUAAAACAGUCAACUGUCCAGUUGGUAAAUCGUGUUUAGAACUGUCAUCUGGGAAAACAACCUGCCAAUUUGAUCCGACAAGCUGUCCAAUGGGAACAUUCUUUAACGGCAGCGACUGUCCACUUUGUCCCGAGGGAGAAUACCAACCUCUCAGUGGUCAACAGAACUGUUCCAUUUGUCCAGAAGGAGAUGAUGGGCCUACAUGGAAAAUGUCCACCAUCACUAGAACUGUUUGUCAAGGUUGUUGGUAUGGGAUCAAUACUUACACAGAAGGAGAUGACACGAAGCUGAUCUCUACACACACUGUAGCUGACCGUGGUGAAUGCUACACCCUCUGUAAAGCCAACUCUAACUGUCUUGCAGUUAAAAGCACCCAGUCCAAUACAAAAUGUGCCCUCUUCUCCAGCAAGACAUGGAAAUAUGGCUACGUUCUAGAUUCUGUCGUCAUUCUUGUCCGAGGCCAUUGCAGACCUUAAUACGAUAUCGUGACAAUUAUGAAAUAUUUUGAAAAUAUAACAAUGCUGUUUAGUACAAUUCUCAGUCAACCUUGGACUUUCAGUAAGGCAUGACAUUCUCGGCGUUACAUAAUUAGCGUUUGAAAUUUACACAGCUAUCAUUCACUGUUGAAAUAUACAAGGGAUAAAAAUUUGGAAAAAAUGUCAACGAGUGUAGCAAAUAUCCAAUAAUCUCGUACGGCAAAGAGGUGGGGCUUAAGUCGUCUCAUCUUUGUCAAUAACAGUUUAAAGUUCCUGAUGUUAUUAAUUUCUUAACCAAUGAGAAUCUAUUCGCCGUUUGACAGGCGAUAAUUACUUAGCGCCAAGAAUGCCACGCCUUAUUGAAAGUCCAAGGUUAACUGACAAUUGUACUACUUUGGGGCAUGGGAUUCUCAAAGCAAUUCUUGAAUUUUAAUUACUUAAUGUUACGUGAAAAGCAGGGGCCUGUUACAAAACUGCUUUGAUUCUGCUUAUAACUUUCUAAUUUACAUUUAAUUGAAAAUGGUUGUAAGGGCAUGCGGAUCUAGAG